CUCGUAUAUUUAUUAGUUCUCCUUCUGGAAGAAAACAGAUGCUGCUAAUAAGAGAAGAAAAACACAGCAUAUCAGAACUAAAAAGCCUAUAAAAGAUCAUCCUAAAGUGAACGGCCAGACUCAAUUGGUUGUUUUGCUGGAGAGAUUGCUAGAACGUGAUGCCAUGGCAAUUGCUACUCUUACCCAACUGGAUAACUGCUAUCAUUUUGCUGAUAAAAAUGCUGAGGUUCGACAUCGAUGGUGUGAACUGGUUGUUAAACACAGUUAUUACCCUGGUUAUCCUCAAGUUAAAAAAUUUCUGAUUGAAGAUCAAGGAAUGGGGAUUUACCUCUUUGGUGAACUACUUAUAUCACAGCAACCGAAACAGAAACAGUUGGUUUUGGAUGUUCUCUCUAUCAUUGAUGGCGAGAUGGAUCAAUGCACGUUGAAGACGGUUCAAGAUAUGUUGGAAGGAAGAGACUGACGAACAUACGUCUCGUCUUCCAUUAAACAAAGUCAUUAGAUUAUUUAUUAAAUAUUUUUAUUUGAUUCGAAUGCAAUUCUGUUGAAAUUUCCUUCCAUAGACGUUUUUAUAUGCACUUAGUAAAUUUUUCUAUUCCGCUUUUGGUAUUACUGAUAUUCAAGACGCAGAUUAUUUUUGUCCUUGCAUGUGUAAAAGCACGUGAUGUUUCCCCCAACCAUAUGGUGAAAGUAACAACGUAUAUAUCCUAUAACUCUAUAGCUAUGCUAAAUUUUCAAGAAUUCGUAGCCAAAAUUUAAAAAUAGCGAGAUAUCGAUGUUAAAAAAAGUAAGCCGGUUACGGUAAUGUUUACCCACCUCGCUAGGUGCAUGGUUAACUUUUUUCCACAUGUCGACAUUACGCUGUUUUUCCAGUUGCCCUCUGCGUUGUCCGUGCGCACGGCAACCAUGGUUGCACUAAACAGUGGCGUGGCAAGCCUGACGGUUUUCAGGCAAACUAUAUGUAAACUAUAAGUUAUUACAUUAUUUAUUCCUCUAGAGAUAAAUACGCUCAGUGAAAUACCCUUGUUGAUGUAAUAUAGAAUGCACUCCAAAAGGAAGAUGAUCUUCGCUGAAUUGAUGU